UGGUAGUCAGCCAAUGGCUCCAUCGCUCUCCUCGGGGGCCCUGUGUGUGUGUAUGUGUGAGUGUGUGUGACAGGGGGAGAAAAAAAGGAAAAAGAGAGAGAAACGGAGAAAGAGAGAGAGAUCUGGGUUGCAGUUUGACCAGGUCUGAACACGGAACCAGGAGCGUACUAUAAGUCCACGGAUUGUUGCUUUUGUGGCCCCGGCGCACAGGGAUAUUUUUGGAUUGCAUAGAGUGCGCUGGAAUCGUGGAAAACAACCGGAAUUGUAAAUUCUGCGAGGAAUUGUCUAUGGAUUUAAAUCGCCGAGGAGCAGCUUCAUUCAUGUCACCAGAGCCGAAGCGUGGAUUUGAACGCGUUUCAAAGUCCGACAACAUUUAAGAGCUCGCAAGUUUAUCGCUGACUAUCGUAGCAUUGUUUUUCGGCUACAAAUGUCUCUCAAAUCUGUCUUUGAUUAAGUUAGAAGCGUUGAAUAAUUACUUGCACCCUUUAAACCUGUAGUGCAUUUAAAAUCUAAAACUGUAAGCUUGUAUAUCGUUCAAAUGUACAAAUGACAGCAUUCUUCUAAGGUGAAUGCAUUUUGAUUUUUGUUUAAUUUUGCGUUUGUUUGGUUUUCUGUAUUUUUAAUGCAAUAUAACAUUGUGCCUCCAAAACUAAUGUGGUUUUGCCACCAAUAUACGGUGCUCGGCUGUGCACGCGCUGCACGGCAUUCGGCGAACAUUAAUGUUUCACGACCUCGGAAAUAGUUUUCAAUCGCGAAGAUCUGAACGUAAAUAAAACACAUCUAGUGUUUCAAGUUGUCGUAUGUUCAGGACGAAACGCUCAGGUCUUGUGCGGCGACUCUGGAGAAGCCGUUUGAUUCCAGAUAAAGAGGGGGGCGAUGGAUAUGGCAAAAGCAGCGAGGGGUCUCGGGACGAUCUGCUUGGCACUAACCCAGAGAAAAUUCCCAAGACGGAGUUCAGUCCGAUGACCCCGAGCGGGUCGCUUCGCGUGGACUAUGAGGAACUGUGUACGAGGAAUCCCAUCGAGUGCGGCGGAGGCUCACCGGGGGGCGUUUUGGACCAAGAUGGGGGUACGGUGUGCGUUCUGCAGCAGGGAAGCCCUCGGUCUGUGCAGGACAGUGAUUGCAGAACAGUUACGUGCUGUUUGUUUAAAGAUCGGGACCAUCAUUCUGGAUCUAGAAGCCCGGAAGCGGCUCAAGGGAAAGAGCCAGGCUCGUGUCAGUUUGUGUUGAGGAACAUUGGGUCUUCACGGGACCCCGGUCCUUUUGAGAGCCAGGAGACGAAACCUCGCUCCGUCAUGGAGCAGGAGCUCAAGACCGCCACCUACUCGCUAUUAAAAAAGCUUAAAGAGAAAACGCUGGAUACUUUGUUGGAAGCCGUGGAGUCCAAAGGAGGGAUGCCGAGCGAUUGUGUGAUGGUAUCGCGGACCGAGUUGCGUCUGGGCGGUCACAUGGCUCCUCCACAGCUGCUCAUCUGUAAGCUUUACCGGUGGUCGGACCUUCAGCACACAGCCCAGCUUAAAGCACUCUGUGAGUGCAAGAGCUUCGGUGCUCAGGACGGUCCGGUUGUUUGCUGCAAUCCCUAUCAUUACAGCAGACUAUGUGGGCCAGAGUCACCCCCUCCUCCUUACUCAAGACUUUCCCCCAGCGAAGAACAUAAGCCACUGGAUCUGUCUGAUUCCACACUGUCUUACACUGAAACAGAGGCUGCCAGCUCGCCAAACGCCACCCAAGGGGAAUUCUCAGAUGCCAGUCUGUCACCUGACGCCCCCAAACAGAGUCACUGGUGUAACGUGGCAUACUGGGAGCACCGGACGCGGGUGGGCCGCCUCUACACGGUGUACCAGCCCGCAGUCAGCAUUUUCUAUGACCUACCUCAAGGCACAGGCUUCUGUCUCGGCCAGCUCAGCCUGGAUCAGCGCAGCAGCACCGUGCAGCGGACACGUGGGAAGAUCGGCUACGGCUUGCUCCUGAGCAAAGAGCCAGACGGGGUCUGGGCCUACAACCGCAGUCAGCACCCCAUCUUCGUCAACUCGCCUACUUUGGACGUACCGGGGAGUCGUAGCUUGGUGGUGCGCAAGGUGAUGCCCGGCUACUCCAUCAAGGUGUUCGACUACGAGCGCUCGUCAUUGCUCAGACAGGGUGCGGAGUCCGAGCUGCUGGACGGACCGUAUGACCCGAACAGUGUGCGCAUUAGCUUCGCAAAGGGCUGGGGUCCUUGUUACUCACGCCAAUUCAUCACCUCUUGCCCCUGCUGGCUUGAGGUCCUCCUCAGCAACCACAGAUAACACACACAAAUGGACUCGCUCGUGUCGAGAGACUGACAGACUCCACAAACUAUCCCAAAUAUCAUCUACUUAGAUUUAAUAUAAAGUUUUAUAUAUUAUAAGAAAUAUAUAUUAUACUUGUAAAUAAUGGAGUCAUUUUUACGAUGUAAUUAUUUAUGUAUGGUGCAAUGUGUACAUGGACAAGAGGAAAAAAACGGGAAAUGCACUUUGGCUUAUAUAUAUAUAUAUA